GGACCCUCGGGAGCAGCAGCUGCUGCGGGCACUUAUCUGCCCCCUCUGCAGCAGGUGUUCCAAGCUCCUCGCCGGCCCGGGAUAGGAACCGUUGGGAAGCCCAUCAAACUCUUGGCCAACUACUUUGAAGUGGACAUCCCUAAGAUUGACGUCUAUCACUAUGAAGUGGACAUCAAGCCGGACAAGUGCCCACGCAGGGUCAACAGGGAGGUUGUGGAAUACAUGGUACAACAUUUCAAGCCACAGAUCUUUGGUGAUCGGAAGCCGGUGUAUGAUGGGAAAAAGAACAUUUAUACGGUCACUGCCCUGCCCAUUGGAAACGAAAGGGUUGAUUUUGAGGUGACAAUUCCGGGAGAAGGCAAGGACAGGAUAUUCAAGGUCUCCAUCAAGUGGAUGGCCAUCGUCAGCUGGAGGAUGCUGCAUGAAGCCCUGGUGAGCGGGCAGAUCCCUGUGCCUCUGGAGUCCGUGCAGGCCCUCGAUGUUGCCAUGAGGCACCUGGCCUCCAUGAGGUAUACCCCGGUGGGUCGUUCUUUUUUCUCUCCCCCUGAAGGAUACUAUCACCCACUGGGAGGCGGAAGGGAAGUCUGGUUUGGAUUCCACCAGUCUGUUAGACCUGCCAUGUGGAAGAUGAUGCUGAACAUCGAUGUAUCAGCAACAGCAUUCUACAAGGCCCAGCCUGUAAUCGAGUUCAUGUGCGAGGUGCUGGAUAUUCGGAACAUUGAUGAGCAGCCGAAGCCCUUGACUGACUCCCAGAGAGUGCGCUUCACCAAGGAGAUCAAAGGUUUAAAAGUGGAGGUAACUCACUGUGGACAGAUGAAGAGGAAGUACCGAGUGUGUAAUGUUACUCGUCGGCCAGCUAGUCAUCAAACGUUCCCCUUGCAGCUGGAGAGCGGCCAGACCGUGGAGUGCACAGUAGCACAAUACUUCAAGCAGAAGUACAACCUGCAGCUCAAGUACCCCCACCUGCCGUGUCUUCAGGUCGGCCAGGAGCAGAAGCACACAUACUUACCUCUGGAGGUGUGUAACAUCGUGGCUGGCCAACGCUGCAUCAAGAAACUAACAGACAAUCAGACCUCCACUAUGAUCAAAGCAACCGCAAGGUCAGCUCCAGAUAGGCAAGAGGAAAUUAGCCGCCUGAUGAAGAAUGCCAGUUAUAACCUGGACCCCUACAUACAGGAGUUUGGCAUAAAGGUGAAGGAUGACAUGACUGAAGUGACCGGGAGGGUUCUUCCUGCUCCGAUUUUACAGUAUGGAGGACGGAACCGGGCAAUCGCCACACCCAACCAGGGGGUCUGGGAUAUGAGGGGGAAGCAGUUUUACAAUGGCAUCGAGAUCAAAGUCUGGGCCAUCGCCUGCUUUGCCCCUCAGAAGCAGUGCAGGGAAGAGGUCCUGAAGAACUUCACAGACCAGCUGCGCAAGAUCUCCAAGGAUGCAGGGAUGCCAAUCCAGGGCCAGCCCUGCUUCUGCAAAUACGCACAAGGUGCAGACAGCGUGGAGCCCAUGUUCCGGCACCUUAAGAACACGUAUUCUGGGCUCCAGCUCAUCAUAGUCAUCCUGCCAGGGAAGACACCAGUGUAUGCGGAGGUGAAGCGUGUGGGUGAUACUCUCCUGGGAAUGGCCACUCAGUGCGUGCAGGUCAAGAAUGUAGUGAAGACUUCACCACAGACGCUCUCCAAUCUCUGCCUCAAGAUCAACGUCAAGCUUGGAGGAAUCAACAAUAUCCUGGUGCCCCAUCAGCGUUCUGCUGUCUUUCAACAGCCGGUUAUAUUCCUUGGAGCGGACGUAACCCACCCACCAGCAGGUGAUGGGAAGAAGCCUUCCAUAACAGCUGUGGUGGGCAGCAUGGAUGCCCAUCCGAGCCGAUACUGCGCGACGGUGCGGGUGCAGCGUCCCCGCCAGGAGAUCAUUGAGGACUUGUCAUACAUGGUGAGAGAGCUCCUCAUCCAAUUUUAUAAAUCCACACGCUUCAAGCCCACCCGCAUCAUCUUCUAUCGCGAUGGCGUGCCGGAGGGACAGCUUCCACAGAUUCUUCAUUACGAACUCCUAGCCAUUCGUGACGCCUGCAUCAAACUGGAGAAGGAUUACCAGCCGGGCAUCACUUACAUCGUUGUUCAGAAACGGCAUCACACCCGCCUCUUCUGUGCAGAUAAAAAUGAGAGGAUUGGCAAAAGUGGGAAUAUCCCAGCAGGAACAACGGUGGAUACAAACAUCACGCAUCCCUUCGAGUUUGAUUUCUACCUUUGCAGUCAUGCUGGCAUUCAGGGUACGAGCAGACCUUCUCAUUACUAUGUCCUUUGGGACGACAACCGGUUUACAGCAGAUGAGCUUCAAAUCCUUACCUACCAGCUCUGCCACACUUACGUCCGCUGCACUCGCUCUGUUUCCAUCCCAGCACCAGCAUAUUACGCCCGCUUGGUGGCAUUUCGGGCGCGAUACCACCUCGUAGACAAAGAGCAUGAUAGCGGAGAAGGGAGCCACAUAUCUGGCCAGAGCAAUGGCCGAGAUCCUCAGGCCCUUGCUAAAGCCGUGCAAGUUCACCAGGACACUUUACGUACCAUGUACUUUGCUUGAAAGCCUAACUUUUUUUACCUCACUCCCGAAAGCUUUCAGAUUUGUAGGAGCCAUACAAAAAAAGAAAAAAAAGGAAGCAUUGGGAGCACCUUGUGAGCAUCCAAUGAGAAAUCACUGCAGGGCAUGUGGUGGUGUUGGAGGCAAGACGACCAGCGACCUCCGGGGCAAACAUGGGUGAAGCCACUUAAACCGGAUGGACACACCUUUGUAGUAUUGCAAGAGACUUUUUGUUUUUCGGGCUUUCCAAUCACCUGACCAAACAAACAAAAAGUAUUUGAACCAAGCCGGGGAGGGGAGGGGGAACCUUCUUCCUAUCAAAAGAAAAGCAGGUUUUCAUUGCAGGGGUUGGGGUGGGGGGAAAGCAAUAUUAGACUUUGACUGUGAAAUAGCUGUUUUGGUCCUCCAAUGCCAAAUCAAACGCUGGUAAGGGUUUUUUUUUUCGGGUGUGUGUGUGCGUGUGUGCGUGUUGUUGUUUUGGGUGGGAGGGGAAGGGAUUUUUAGAGCCUUAAAACAGAUGACUAGAUUUAUAAAAACUAAUAUUUUAGGAUACAAGAUGCUUUAAUUGGUUAAGAAGAAAAAAAAGCCAGUAGUUUAUAGAAGAGUUUUAAUGCUUACCCCUCCCCACUGAAGUAAAAUGAAUUUUCUCCCAUUAUAUAUAAAUAACAUAAGGCGCCCCCAGCACUUAACUACCGCUAAGCUGGAAAAAAAAAAAGGAAACUGUCUUCCGUCUGUUGACGUAGGUCAGCUGCUGCCUCGUUUUGACACAACGGUCACAUGCUUAACUGUGGGCCAAGUGCCUUACUGCAAUGCUGCAAAAACAUUGAUGUUUGGUCACCUUUCAAGGGAAAAAAAGAGAAGCAUACCCAACAGUACUCUUAUCUCAGUGGCAGUCCAGAAUUCUAUCUUGAAGGUGUCCAGAAUACGUUUCUUCGGAACAUUCAGAGUUUCGUAUUAGCUCACAGCCUCACAAUGGGGUCAAAAUUCUGUGCACUUUUUAACAUUACACACAUUUGGAGAGCUGCUGAUAAAUCUAUUUUUCUUGUUGCUGUUUACGUGUCAUUUCUGGCAUAGUUCUUGGGUGGGUUUUUCAUCUCUUUAAUUAAAAAAAAAACUGCAUUUCUGACAAAUGGGGUAUGUGUGUGUGUCUGUGUGUAUGAGAGAGAGAGGGAGGAAACACUUGCAUACCCCAGAGGCAUAAAUGAAAACUCAUUAUCAAUUGAUGACCUGAUUUUUUUCUAUACCAAUGAAUUUUUUUUAUUACUGAGUAUUAUUUUUAUACGAUGAGGAGUCUGUUGCCAAAAUGUACUCAAAUCCAAUUCAUUUUUCUCAGUGGUUGAGACUUUGGAGCAUUCACACUGUGAAUGGAGUAUGUUUUCUGUUCCAUGAAUCGCACUGCAAACUUCAAUCCAGAGUUCUUAACAGGGUUCAGUCUUUUUUUCUGUACUGCAGAACCCCUGAAGAGCUAAUUUCUUCAUCUUUUUAAAUAGGUCCAGCAUUUUUUCAAAUUAUCAUGAUGGCUUCCACUGCUUAGUUUCUGCCAUUUUAUUUUCUGUGGACUAGAGGGUUUGGGAUUUCCUUUCUGCUCUUGCAGUAAAAGAAAGAAACGUAUGUGCUCCUUCUACAUCAGAACAUCUAAAUGCACUUUGUCAAAAUGGUUCUCUAUUUGUGUCCAACAAGAUAAAUCUCUUCUCCCCACAACAGUGAACUUAAGCCUCACUUCUGCAGCUACCAAGUGUCUUGCAAGUACAAGGCAAGAGGUUAUGCUAGGUAAUACAUAGUUAGUUGCUGUUUGAGUACACACACAGGCUUGUCCUUAGGUGGGUAGAGGAAUGAUCUUUUAGAACUGUUUUCCUGAAACUGCAAACAUGACUGUUUGAGAAAACAAAAGUUUGAAUUUAAUUUGGUGCCCUUCUGCAGCUGUGCCAUUCGCCUGUAAGCACAUCAAUUUGGAAGUGCAGGGUUUGCAGUUCACAGGGAUGACCUUGACCACUUGCAAUGACCACAUUAAUUUGGAUCUCCCACUCUUUUCUCCUCUUCUUCCCGCCCCACUGUACCUGCCCCUUUGAAGCAGAAUGUUAAUCUCAUCAAAACGCUAUGCAAACAAAACUGGGCAUCUGGCCAGGGCUACUCAGAACAGAGCCAUCAGUUGGGCAUUAUGGCUCACACACUAGCCAGGAUCCAAAGAACUUGUUUAGAUGUGCCCCAAAGGCUUGUGCAUGCAACGAGUGGGAAUUCUGGCUUUGACUGGCAGAUUUCCAUGUUGCAAACUCCUCUUCAGUUUAAAAAAUGUCUAAUUUGUGCAGUAUUGGAGGGGGUUGAGUUGGGUGCAGUUUUGCCUGUGUUUUUUAUUUUUUAAGCACAAGAGCAACAUCCUGCUGGGCGCACAGAAUUAUUUCUGUGGUUCUUUGGAUUUAAUUUUCGGGGUUUUUUUUUCUUUCACUCUGCUGCUUUGUAUCCUGAAUGGCUAGGAUUUCUUUUUAUUUGGUAUGAGUCUGGUGGCAGCCAGUGCAUUGGAAUGGAAAAGCCAACAUUCCUUAAUAAGGAUCCAAUGGAUGGUCACCCUGUUCUCUGGAAAGAAUGAGGAGAGUCUGGGAAUGCCCCUCCUGGGUUUGUGAGCAAGACAUUCCCCCCCCCCCCAUAACAGAAGUAAUGUUUUCAGUUCCUUGACAUCUCUUCACAUGGACUGCAUGCCCAUCUACUCGGACUGGAAUUCUGAGUUCAGUCCCUUUGCAACUGAAAUUAUUUGCUGUUGUUUUUGGGCAGAAGAAAAUGGGCGUUCUUAGUUUAAAAGUUUGGUCUGGGUUUCUGAAGCAUUAUGGACAAAAAUGACUAGUGCAUUUGCAAAAUGGAUAAAGAAAAAAAUUAACAAAAAGCUUGUGGCUUUGUAAAAAUUGCUUUAAAAAAAGAAAACAAAAACCACACCACACCUCUGGGACUUGAGAAUGAUCAUAAAUGGACUUUUUUCAGAUUUUUGCACUCCAGUGUUAGGUAGCUGCUUUGAAUGGGAGGAGUGUUGGCAUGAGACAAACAGUUGGGAGGGAGAUAAAAAUUGCAAAAUGCUUUCUGCCCAUAACUCCGCCUCUCUUCUCUCCUCCCACUCCCCACCUGGUGCAUGCAGAGUUUUUCACUAAGUGCCGUAAAUGAUGUACUUGCUGCACCCUCUAUGAAACAUAAGUUUCUGGGCUUGGGGUUUUAUGUUCUUUCUCUAUUUCUUAGAUGUUAACAGUAAGUGGGUUAGCUCUGCCUGCAUGUUUUGUAUAAUGAAAGCUCUCUUGUUUUGUUCCUGCUUAGCUUUGGCAAACUAUGUUCAGUCUUCUUAAACAGCUGGAGAAAGCACAGAGUGGAGAAAUUUCUUUUCUUUUGCAACUGAUUGUUCACUUCAGGGUGUUGCCAAGCUACGUACGUAUCUUGAGAUUCUCCGGGAACCUGUUUGGAGUGUUUUUCACCUUGCACCUUAGACUGUAACUUGUUCCUGUGCCUCUGUUCCUUUUGCGGCUGGAAAACGUUACCAAAACCCCAUGUAUUAUGGGUUGGGUAGCAUCAUUAUGUAGAUGGUUGUUGGCUUGUUUUUUUUAAAAAAGGUUUUCUUUUUAACCUGCACUGCUGCUAGUUCCGGUUUAUGCUUCUGUUGAAACAAGUAAGAGUGGUUGAAGGAAGACUUGCGAAGGGAAGAAACACGUUCCUCAAAAGCACUUGUGGAGCAGCACAAAUAUUAGGCCAGGAUCCAAAAAUCUUCACAAAUCUUGUGCAAGGGACUUGCACUAGCCAACUGAAGUGUUUGGUUUUUGUACAGCGGGGUCCUCAGUGGCUCGUAUCGAACCAUUUUUGAAACCCCCCCCAGUUUCAAAAGCUGUUUAUCAUGCAAGGAUGGCAGCUACUUCCCUGAGGAAAAAUCAAGUCUAAAACUCUCUUGGGCUUUAUGGCCCAAGGUUCUUUCGGGUCCUGAUCCUUAGUGUCUAAGGACAUGCCAAAUUGCUACUGAUACGAUGCGAAACAGCAGCAAAAGUGAUUACCUUUUUCAUUUGGGUAAAUGCAAGGUUUUUGAGUUACACAGGGAGAACAGAAUUAGUACUAGGCUGUACAGAACACAAAUUGGGGAUACAUGCAGAUAACAUAUAAAUAUGAGUAUCUUUAUAAAGGUAUUUUUAUGGAACCAGCUUCUUGAAUUUUUGAGAAAGAGGUAUGGUUCCUGUCUGCCUGUUGAAGAGCUCUGUAUAACUCUAGAAUGUGUGGAACUUUCUUUGCAACUGAAGUAAAAGUCACCAUGCCUGUUCUGUAUCUUAUCCUUUUGGGACCAACAAAGCAACUACUAUCCAUGCCAAGUUGAUGUUCUUGGAAAGCCUAAAAACUUAAAACCCUGCAUGUUUUUUUUUAAACAAACCUUUAUUUUCCUCUCAUUUAAAACUUUAAAAGCAUUUUGGCAGCACAGUGCAAACGUGUCGAUCCUGUCUGGAGAGAAACGGGAACACAGCUGAACAGCAAUAAAAGUGAAAUCUGUAUCUCACAUGUGCACGUAACUUUGCACUUCAAAAUAAUUGUGAAAAUUUUAAACUAAUGGGAACUCUGGUUUGUGUUCAAAACUGUUUUUCUUUUUUUAAAAACUGUUACAAGGAAGUGUUGAAGUGUAAAUAGAGAAUGUUCACAGGACACACGAUUGGAUGGGGUUUUGUCUUGUUGGGUUUUUUAAUUUUGAAUCUGAUUGUUGUAUGGUCCAUUUAUU